AUGAAACAAUAAAGAAAAAAAUUACUUCAGGUUUAAACUUUAUGGGUACUUAAAUCUUUAGAGCAUUUUAUCAAGAACAUCAAAUCUUUUCAAAUGAGAAAACAAAAAAACAAAACAACAAUCUAAUUAAUUAAAAAACUAUCUUUUAUUUAUAAAUUUUCUUUAUAUCUUCAAAAAAUAAUAGAAUUGAGUAUUAAUAAUAUUAUGAGAAUUUACGUUUAUUCAAUCAUCAGCAUAUAAAUCAUAUAAAACAACUUAAGGUAUGGUUUGUAAGCUUGGUAUUAUUAAUUUAGUAAAUGCUAUGGAAACAAUAAAUUAUGUGGGUACUGUGAAUGCAAAGCCUUUUUCAAGCCUUUUAAAACCACAUAUUUCCUCAUCUGUUUAUUAAUGGUGCUAGUUUUAUUGAGCUAUAUAUAACAUUUGGUUAAAUAUGUUAAAUUAACACCGUAUUCUCAGAGUGUCUGUGCAAUUAAAAAUAUACUUUUAAUACAAUUUUUGUUGCUAUUAAAUUCUAUUCACCACUAUUUCAAAAUCACUAUUAAAGCUAAUAUUAUAAUAUUUAUAUGCAGUGAGUCUUUUGUAUAUUUUCUAAAACCAAUUCAUUAGAAAAAGUAAACUAAAUAAAGUUGCUAUUUUUAAUUACCAACAAUAAUACUAUUCAGAAUUCUACUUUGUGAAGAUAAGACAAAAUAGCAACAAAAAUAGCCUUAACAUUUCUCCAAAAUAGCUAAGAUUUCUUAAAAUGAAAGAUUGAUAAUAAAAGUUUUUUUAUUUUAUUGCAUCUGUGUAUGA